GCUGGAUGCUCCUCUCUGCCACACUGGCCUUGGUGAGCUGGAAAGGAUGGACACGCUGCGAAGGAGCCUUUCUCGCUGGAAGAGGUACCACAUUAAGGUGCACCUGGCUGAUGAGGACCUGAUGAUGCCCCUGACGGUCAAGCCCAGAGACACAGUGAUGGACCUACGGGCUCACUUAGUACGGGAGGGCGUCACUUCCUGGAAGAAGACAUUUUAUUACAACUCCAGGCAGCUCGAGGAGCACGAGACUCUCAAAGAAGCCAAUAUCCAGAAUGGCUCUGUCCUGCUUCUAGUCAGCAAUAAAAGAUAAUGCCAAAGAGCACAGCCAAAGCCAUGAAAGAUGGGGAGUGUGACAAGGGCUGAAGGGAAGCAGAUGGAAGAGAGCUUGGCUGUGGAAAGGCAGCCCGGCCACCAGCGUUUGCACGCCGUGUGGUCUCAGCUGCCAAAGGAGAAGCGUGGGUAAGACUGACUCAGCUCCUGAGGGCAGUGAAUCAGAAUGAAAUGCCCAUGAAAGGGUGACUUCUGCCUGGGUGAUGAAGUGAGAAGGAGCUGAGGUGGACUUUGCUUAGGGCCCUAGAUGGGGACAUUGGACAUCUGAGCCUCCUUCCGACCCUCUCACAGGAUUCCUCAAGCAGGAAGAGCUGGUUUGGUUGCUGUCCUUCAAAUGAUGGAUCUUAUCACAUGGGAAAAAGAAGGAAGAAAAAAAAAAAAAGGCAAACCACCUGGAAACAGCCACAGGUGUGGACAAGACCAACGACCAAAGCUGAAAGGUGUGCAAGCUCCUGUCUGCGUGCCAGCCUGGGUGUAUUGCAAGAUGGAGACAUUUGCAACUUCGCAUGCUGCACCAUGGAUGGAAUAUCUUCUUGUUGGGAGUGUGUAUCUUUGGGAUCCUGCUAUUGCUGGAGCAUCACAGACAAGAUUACCAAAAGCACUGCUGUUCGCUACUGCAUUCACCUCCACCUUGGAGCUGCAGCCAGGCGUCCCCAGCCAGCUCCUUCUCUUGAGCUUCACGAGCAGAAGACAAGCCCAGGCAGGCCAUCUCCACCAGCUGCUGUGCUUCAGCAAGGCAGCUCAAGCUGAGGCAUGUUUCAGCAGCUCUUCUGUGCUUCUCCUGUACCCGAGUCAUGGAUGCAUCAAGUGCUUCAGUUUACAGGGCCAUCAGCCUGGCAGCUUUCCUCAGCACUAAAUUUACUUUUUAAAGUUACAUCAGUGUUGCACCCAGAGGGAAUGAAGGAACAGAUGCAGCCUGUGAAGUCUGGCUUUAAUUCACCUGCCUCAUUUAAUUUCCUGCCCUGCCUUCUAAUCAAUGAGUCUGCACUAGCGGCCCUGGGAAUGCAGAGGUUUUUUCAUAUACGGGAGAAUUCAACGCAGCGGCUGUGCUGGCUGAGCUCUCAGGGUCUCGAGCAGGCUGUGUCACGUCUCCUUUGAGGCUGCUUCAUUAUGGAUUUCCCUCCCCCAGAAGCACUUGCACAUACUCUCCAAUCCGUGGCAGCUGCACCACAUUUCCUUGCAGGAGCCGGUUGGCACAGGGCAGCUGUGCCACGUUAGCCUCUCUUAGUCAAGGCUGGCUGUGCAGCAUUCCCUUCUGGAAGUGCUCUCCUUCCAGGUGUUCCUGGUUUUCAGCCACAUGGCUUUCUUUUCAGGGCCACAUGCUGCUUUCUGGGGCUCUGUCCCCACAGUGGCUCUGCUGUGCUACCUCAGACAGGCUGCUGAGGCCAAAUGUGCCUCAUUACCUCCAAGGGAUCCCAGCAACAUCAUGGGACCAGUGGUGCUUCGCAGGGGCUCCUUUCUGGAGGUAGCUGUGCCGAUGCUCCCUCACAGGGCCUUCAGGCCAGGCCAUGGUGCCGUAUUGGCCUUGUGGUGUGUCACUUCCCAGGUGUUCCUUCACUGAGGACAGUAGCACCAUGUCACCUCAAAGGUGCUUUCAGGACUACGUUGCCUCAGACACUCAGGGCUAUCAGAAAGCCCCGAUGAAAGCGGUUCUGGCAUUUUUGCUUUGGUUAAGCAGACUCCCGCUGUCCUGGGUUUUUUGAGCUCAUGUUAAUUCCAGGCAGUGCUGCCCAGUUGCUUAAUCAGCCAGUGUCAAAACCCUGGGAGACAGGAAGGCUGUGGUUGGUAGCACCUAUUUUGUGAUGUUGCUGCUUUACCUCACAUACUAUAAUCUGUAUCAGAUUGCUCUUUGCCUGCUAAAAUGGACAAUUAGGAUCCAGUUGUAAUGCAAAUUGCAUGGUGGAAUAAAAACCACAGGGAACAAAAUCACAAGUGUUUAUGUCAGCCUUUGUUACUGUGUGAUGGGUCCCGCUCAGUUACUGCUCCGCUGUGAAGCAUCAGACAGAAGAGAACCUGGUGUGCCUUUGUGUUUUAUAGGCACGAGCGGCUCUGUGUAAGACUGCCUUUAGGCACUCGCGGCCCCGAUAAUGUGUAUGUAUGCAAACCUAACAGACAGAUUGCCGCCUACACUGGAAAUUUGAUGAUUGCCUUGUUUUUUCAAGGCUCUGUUUUAUACACUGCAGGCCAAACCCAUGGGGUAAUUUCCAGUUUCUCUGCACAGGGCUGAGAUGACGUGGUGAGAGAAGUGUAGAGAUGCUGAAAUUUCAAUCUGCCACAUAAUGUGCUCCUAAUACUGAUAGCCUUGUAAGUGUGGUGGUGUCAUUGGUGUCGUCGUGGUUGUUCUUGUCAUUGUUGUUUUCCCAUGCUUGGUGUUAAAUGUUGUAAAUUAAGAGAAA